AUGAGAAGACACUCCACCACAACCCAUUCUCCCUUAUUACGAACUCCUCCAUUCCAUCACGAAAACUCCUCCACGACGGACCCUUCCAACACAAAUCAAUUUCAGACACAGCCCUCUCAGUUGUCGAACGAUGACCGAUCAUCGCCUCUGAUCAGCAACAAUGCGUUCUCAGAAGCUGUUCCAACAUCAAAAUUUCAAAAAGAAACCUUUCGAAAUCCGAAAAGUGAGACUCCAGUACCUCCAUCACCCUCUCGUGAAGAAGACCCAACAACGCCUCCUUUCGUAGCUACUGCAACAGAGGAGGCGUCAUCAUCAAACCAACCCAACACUACUGGAAUAAUACUCGAAGAGAAAACGACGAAACCAACAACAACCACUCAACACCCAACUACGGCGGAGAGCAUUUGCGCUGCUGCUUCCAAGUCGUCGUCCUUCUUAUCGCCCUCUAAAAAAAGUGUUGCUUCUCUUCCGACUGGUUCUUCUCAUACAAUCUCAUCAACUUCACCACCGAUCAAAACAAAACAGCAACAACAACAAUCAGGCAAAACCUCUUCUACUGCCAUGGCAAUGGAUAAGUUUCCUUCUCCGAGUGAUAGCAGUGGUGGAUUGGUGAUGAGUGAUGUAAUGGUUCAGGCAAACACUCCAUCUGCUCAGCAACAACAAGUAGAGACUGGAGGUUCACCUGCAUUAUCCUCUCCGAUAGCGAUCAAGAACGCUUCCAGCAAAGCCAUUGACGAGUUUUUAUCAAAAUCACCUUCUAACAGAGAUGAUUCAGUACCAUCUUCUACAGAUAAAACUGUCAAUUACAACAUGGCAAACUCUCGUGCUGAUGAAAGUGAAGAGAGUGAAGAAGAUAUUGAAGAGGAAGAAGAGGAUGAAUACGACGAAGAAGAAAGUGACAAUGAGGAAACGGAGCAAGAAUCAGAGGAAAACAAAUCUUCAAUGCGUGAGACUUUGACUUCAACAAGAGCUGCUUUGGAUAUUGAAGAUUUGAUGGGAGUAAAAACGAUGAUUUCUCCCAAAGACUUGCAAACAAUCUCAUAUGAAGUGAAUGAAAAAUUGAAUGAAUCAGUUCAAAAGGAAUUCAAUUUAGGACCUGACGAACAAGUAUUAGAUUCUUUCCUUUGUGCAUAUUAUGAAAGCAAAAUGCCACAACAGGGCAAAAUGUAUAUUACCCAAAAUUUUGUUUGCUUUUCCUCAAAUAUUUUUGGAUACAAAAUCAAUCUGGUAAUUGCAUUCAGCGAUAUCAAACGUAUUGAAAAAAGAAUGACAGCCAUGAUUAUUCCAAAUGCUAUUGAAAUAUUUCUUAAGGACAAUACUUCACAUUUUUUUGGCUCAUUCGUUUUCAGAGAUAAUGUAUAUAAGGUGCUUCUUGCACUCUGUUCUCUUCAUGCUAAAGCAAGAGGAAAUAUCUUACUCAAUUUACAAAACACUAUACCUCAAACAAUGGAAUCCAAGCAAUCAGAGCAACUUUUAAGUACGGAAGAUGAGAACGAAGAGCAAGAGGAUGAGCCAAACAGCGAUAAUGACCAAGAAUAUGAUGAGGAAGGAGAUGAAUCAGAUGAUGAACAGACUGAGGAUGAUACUCAAUUAGUUGAACUUAAUUCUCAACCUAUCGUGGAAUCGCUACCCAAAAAUAAUGAUGCCAACCAACAGCCAUCUUCGAUGGGAACUCCAACCAAAAAUGGCAAAACGGGAGACUCUGGUGAAUCUAACAACAACGGCAGUAAGGAGAACUCUAAUUCAGGAGGGGAUGACAAGAAAAACGAGAAGAGUGAAAAGAAUGAGAGGAACGAAAAAAACGAUAGGAAUGAUAAACAAGACAAUAAUGAAAAUAACAACAAUCAAGAGGAAGAAAACGAUGAUGAAGACGAUGAAUUCGAUGGCCUUUACCCUGAAGAGGAUGACAAGAUAACUGGUAUUCAAGAGUUACCAGCAGGAGAUUUCUUUGCCGAUCCUGAUAAAAUCAAACCUAAGGAAAUUGUCACUGAUAUUUUACCUGUAAGCAUAACAGAUGCAUGGUAUAUUCUCAAGUCAGAUAAUACUCAUUUUCAAAACGAGCAUCACAAGUCACGAGAAGAAACGAACGUACAAUAUACGCCUUAUGUAAAAGUGGCGAAUAAUCCUGGAAUUAUGAGAAAAGUAUUCUUUGUGGCCAAAAUUAAUAACUCCAUUGGUCCAAAAAGCAGUAGAAUGGAAUGUGUCGAGCGGGCAGUUCUCUGUAAAGGAAAGAAGAAAAUUAUUAAUCAAAUUAGUACUUUUGGCCUCGAUAUUCCGUUCUCUGAUACCUUUAGGGUUAAUAAUUAUUGGAUUUUCGAGGAUAUUGAUGGGAAGUCGUGCUCAAUUAAGAUCUUGUCAGGUGUCUAUUUCUUGAAAUCUUCUUUGUUGAGAUGGAAAAUUGAAGAAGCUGCCGAUAAGGAAUCAAAAACAGCUUUAACAUUAUGGAUGGCUCAGGCAAAGGAAACAAUUACUAAUGCAAAAGCAAGUGGAGAUUUACCAUCGCUCAAGAAAUCCAGCAAACCAAAGAAGAAGAAGGCUCCAUCCAAGGAAACUAAACGACGUUCAAAACGUAAAUCUAUCAAGUCAGAAGCAGCCUCUACAUCACCAACAGCUGCCUCUGCCAAAGCAAUUGAUUUCUCCAGUGCUUCACAACAAGCAGCUAAUCCUUUCUCCAGCCCUUCUCCAUUCACAUCACCUCCUUCAACACCAGAUGCAGAUAUGCUCUCCAAGGUUAUGAAUUUUAUUUUCAACAUUCCUACCUAUCUAUCCUCCAAUAUCAGUCUUCCAGCAUGGGUAUUUCUUUCCAUAAUACUGAUGUUAAUAUUUUUAAUCUUCUCCCAACAAUACACCAUCAUUCAAACGGUGAAACAUUUGGAACACAAUGUACAGACCUACAAACAACAAGCAGUACUCUUUGAGCAAGAGCUCAAUCACCUUGUAUUUAAUAUUUCUGAGCUUAACACGAGCAAGAUUGUGGAGAGUAGCAGGCAAAUUCAGAACCAGCUGUCUGAAUGGUUGGCAGCCAAGAACGAACUGUACAAAUCCCAUAUCGAUAAUGAGCUUCUCCAUUCGCUUCUGUAUGAACUAGCUGAACUGAAAAAUCUCAUCAAAAAGAAGGAUGCAGGUUAA